CUCACCAAUCCCAUCAUCCCGCACCCUUUGAAUCCUAACGCAUCAGAUCUACACAAUAUCCUGCUCGGUUUUGCGCCCCCUCUUCGCUCUUGUUCUCUGUGUCCUGAUGGAUUGGAAGCGGCCUGAUCCCUCGUUCUGUUGACCCUCGGGGCGAGGGGGUUGAGUGGAGAGGACAGGAUUUCUCCAAAUACGUUAGAAGUGUCCGGCUGUCGUUGUCCCGAUUUCCUCUGAUGGAGAGUUAGAAGAACGGGAGGAACUACCGGGGAGGGCGAGGAGUGGAGGAGCAAAUUCGAAACCAAAAAACUUGAGCCAAGAAUCGUCACUAAUACUGACCUCGUGUUGCUGAAACCUCCUGGACGAGAAGAAGUCAUAUAGAUCAAACAUCGUGGACCCAACAACCUAAGACUCGAGAUGUCCACCACAGCGACCAUGGGUGAGAUGGCGAAUAGCGCAGUGGAGUUUUACCCCAAGCGGGGUGGAGGAGGCGCAGAAGCCAACCAUGCUGGGGACUUUGGGGUUACGUUGGAGGAGCUCCGGUCCCUGAUGGAGCUGAGAGGAGCCGAGGCCUUGCAGAAAAUUCAGGACAGCUAUGGAGAUGUAGAGGACCUAUGCCAGAGACUCAAGUCUUCCACCAGUGAUGGUUUGUCAGAUAACCCGACAGAUCUGGAGAAGCGCAGACAGACAUUUGGACAAAACUUCAUACCCCCGAAAAAGCCCAAGACCUUCCUUCAGCUGGUGUGGGAGGCAUUACAAGACGUCACCCUCAUCAUCCUGGAGAUUGCAGCCAUCAUUUCCCUCGGCCUGUCCUUCUAUCAGCCACCCGGACACGAGAGCGAGGGUUGUGGAAAUGGGUCAGGAGGAGCUGAAGAUGAGGGGGAGGCAGAGGCAGGAUGGAUCGAAGGUGCAGCCAUCCUACUCUCCGUCAUUUGCGUGGUGCUGGUGACGGCUUUCAACGACUGGAGUAAAGAGAAACAGUUCCGGGGACUGCAGAGCCGCAUCGAGCUGGAGCAGCGAUUCGCUGUGGUGCGCAAUGGAAACGUCAUCCAGAUCCCCGUCGCCGAGAUGGUGGUUGGGGACAUGGCCCAGGUCAAAUACGGUGACCUCCUACCUGCUGAUGGGGUCCUGAUUCAGGGAAAUGACCUGCAAAUCGACGAGAGCUCUUUAACCGGUGAAUCAGAUCAUGUGCGGAAGUCGGCCGACAAGGACCCCAUGCUUCUCUCUGGUACCCAUGUGAUGGAGGGAUCAGGCAGGAUGCUGGUGACCGCAGUUGGAGUCAACUCUCAGAGUGGCAUCAUAUUCACUCUGCUGGGAGCCGGGGAAGGGGAGGAGGAGAAGAAAGAGAAGAAAGAGGACAGUAGUUACUCACUAACAACUAUGGCCAAACCGAGUGGCAUCACCAAUGGCAAGCAGCCAGAGGCAGCUGUGGAGUCCAAUCAGAAUAAAGCCAAAAAGCAGGAUGGAGCCGUUGCCAUGGAGAUGCAGCCUCUGAAGAGUGCGGAGGGUGGAGAAGUGGAGGAGAGAGAGAAGAAAAAAUCCAACGUGCCCAAGAAGGAGAAGUCUGUACUGCAGGGCAAACUCACCAAACUGGCUGUACAGAUUGGCAAAGCAGGUCUUGUGAUGUCAGCCAUUACAGUUAUCAUCCUGGUGCUGUACUUUGUGAUUGAGACGUUUGUGGUGGAGGGGCGGAUCUGGUUGACUGAGUGCACGCCCAUCUACGUGCAGUAUUUUGUCAAAUUCUUUAUCAUCGGUGUGACUGUGCUUGUGGUAGCUGUGCCUGAGGGUCUUCCACUUGCUGUUACCAUCUCCCUGGCCUAUUCAGUUAAGAAAAUGAUGAAGGACAAUAACCUAGUGCGUCACUUGGAUGCUUGCGAGACAAUGGGCAACGCCACUGCCAUCUGCUCUGACAAGACCGGCACCCUCACCACCAACCGCAUGACUGUAGUGCAGGCCUACCUCAACGACCAGCACUUCCGUGAGAUCCCAGACCCCAGCCAGAUCAACCCCAUCACCCUAGAGAUGAUUGUCAAUGCCAUAUCUAUCAACUGCGCCUAUACCUCCAAGAUCAUGCCACCGGAUGUGGAAGGUGGUCUGCCCAAGCAGGUUGGUAAUAAGACAGAGUGUGGUCUGCUGGGCUUCCUUCUGAACUUGAAGAGAGACUACGUCCCUGUGAGAGAGCAAAUCCCAGAGGAGAAACUCUACAAAGUCUAUACUUUCAACUCUGUACGCAAGUCCAUGAGCACUGUGGUGCAGAUGCCGGAUGGAAGUUUCCGGCUCUACAGCAAAGGAGCGUCUGAGAUCCUUCUGAAAAAGUGUUCCUCGAUACUUGGUGCCAAUGGGGAAACACGUAGCUUCAAGCCACGGGACCGAGAUGAGAUGGUGAAGAAAGUGAUCGAGCCCAUGGCGUGUGAAGGCCUGCGAACCAUCUGCAUUGGUUAUCGUGAUCUUCCCUGCGACCCCGAGCCUGAAUGGGAUAACGAAGCUGAAAUUGUCACCGAUCUGACCUGCAUCGCAGUUGUUGGGAUCGAGGAUCCCGUUCGACCUGAGGUCCCUGAAGCCAUUCGCAAGUGUCAGAGGGCAGGCAUCACUGUGCGCAUGGUCACCGGCGACAACAUCAACACAGCACGAGCUAUUGCUGCCAAGUGUGGCAUCAUUCAGCCCGGGGAUGACUUUCUGUGCCUGGAGGGUAAAGACUUCAACCGAAGAAUCAGGAAUGAGAAAGGAGAGAUUGAGCAGGAGAGGAUUGAUAAGAUCUGGCCUAAACUCAGAGUCCUUGCACGUUCCUCCCCCACGGACAAACACACACUCGUAAAAGGCAUCAUUGACAGCACUGUGCUGGAGCAGAGACAGGUGGUGGCCGUAACUGGUGAUGGGACCAAUGACGGGCCGGCUCUCAAGAAGGCAGAUGUGGGCUUUGCGAUGGGUAUAGCAGGCACUGAUGUAGCUAAAGAAGCUUCUGACAUCAUCCUGACCGAUGAUAACUUCUCCAGCAUUGUGAAGGCUGUCAUGUGGGGGAGAAAUGUGUAUGACAGCAUCUCCAAGUUCCUGCAGUUUCAGCUUACUGUCAAUGUAGUGGCCGUCAUCGUAGCUUUCACCGGGGCCUGCAUUACACAGGACUCUCCACUAAAAGCAGUACAGAUGUUGUGGGUCAAUCUGAUCAUGGACACAUUUGCCUCUUUGGCUCUUGCCACUGAGCCGCCCACCGAAGCUCUGCUGCUUAGGAAACCCUACGGGCGCAACAACCCCCUCAUCUCGCUCACAAUGAUGAAGAACAUCCUGGGUCAUGGAGUCUAUCAGCUCGUCAUCAUCUUCACCCUGCUGUUUGCCGGAGAGAAAAUCUUCAACAUCGACAACGGCCGUUACGCCCCCUUACACUCACCCCCAUCUGAACACUACACCAUCAUCUUCAACACCUUCGUCCUGAUGCAGCUCUUCAACGAGAUCAACGCUCGCAAGAUUCACGGCGAAAGGAACGUGUUUGACGGCAUCUUUGGGAACCCUAUCUUCUGCAGCAUUGUUCUGGGAACAUUUGGAGUGCAGAUUGUGAUCGUGCAGUUUGGGGGCAAGCCCUUCAGCUGUGCCCCUCUCAAUGUGGAGCAAUGGCUGUGGUGCCUCUUCGUGGGAGUUGGAGAACUGCUGUGGGGUCAGGUGAUCGCCACCGUGCCCACUAGUCACCUGAAGUGUCUGAAGGAGGCGGGCCAUGGGCCAGGGCUCGACGAGAUGACGGAGGAUGAGCUGGCCGAGGACGAGGAUGAGAUAGACCACGCUGAGAGGGAGCUACGCAGGGGGCAGAUCCUCUGGUUUAGAGGCCUUAACCGUAUCCAGACUCAGAUGCGGGUGGUGAAAGCGUUCCGUAGCUCCCUUUACGACGGAAUCGAGAAACCUGCGUCCAGGAAUUCCAUCCACAACUUCAUGGCGCACCCCGAGUUUCUCAUCAAUGACUUCAUCCACAACAUCCCGCUGAUCGACGACACCGACAUUGACGAUGAAUCGGAGUGGUCGAGGCACAACCACCACUUGCAUCCGGCCUUCCGAAAGCCCCCUCCUCCUCCGGUCCAGCAUCCGCAGCGUUCCCGCCCACCGCCCCGUCCCUACCGCCAGUACAGCCUCCCCACCACGCCUAACCGCAACAACAAUGCCAUCGAGAGUGGCGUCUACCACCUGAACCUCCCCACAGGCCCAGACGGGCACUGGACAACCCCCUCUCGACAGCUGUACCCCCUCCUCGCCCUGGAGACCUCUCUAUGACUGGCCGCGCUCCAGAGGAUAAGACCCUAAGAACUCUGAGGAUGCGGACCUGUGUGGGUCAGGCUGGUGGGGGAGGCUCCUACGGACACGUUGAAGGUGGUUGACCCCCAACACUAAGACAGGGUCAUCCCAAUCAUUUGCCCACUACCACCAUCCACCGAAAGCACUAUAACUCCUCACUAUAACAGCCCCACAGACACCUCUACUCUCACCGUGUGGAGAGGAGGCCAGUCUGCUGCAUGUCAGUCUGCUGCAUGUCUGUGGUUCCUUUGGACGGACCUGAGAAGGUGAGGAAUCCAGACCCGAUGGACUCUUUAGUGCUGGUGACUAUUGACUUCUCAGAAUGCAAAGGAAUAUGUUCCCUACGGGUGGAGUAGGGGUCCAUUCACUUUACUUUUUAUCGGUGUUACUAAACUCAAUAUUAUUAUUAUCAUGUUUGACUUCUUACUAUCGCCACCGUCAUCCUGAGUGUUCGGAUUAUCAUUGCGAUAUCACAGAAAAUGACAUUUAUUACUCUGAGUAAUGCUUUAUGGAUUAGCUUUAAAACAUUUUAUUUAUUUA